AUGAACAUGUUGUGUUUUGUAUUCUUUAUUGCAGUUGCUUUAGCAAAGGAUUCAUUAGUUAUUGGUUUAGAUAAAGACAAAAAUGGAGAUCCAGUUAACUAUAUAAAAGUUGAAUUUGGAAAGUGUUAUUACUUUGGUUCAGAUAGUGGUGCAAUGAAAUUCUCUAAGGAUGGUGAUAAUAUUAAAAUGACUGCUUAUGCUGAAGAAGGUUGUAAAGGAACUAAUGUUGAAACACAAAUAACUGUUGAUCAACUUACACAAACAUUAUGUGCACUUGAUACUAAAAGUACUUGUUAUGGAUCAAUUAGAAAAGCUCCAACACAUGUUGCAUUUAUAUCUCUUGUUCAAGAUGAUGAAACUUGUUCUCACCGUGAUGAUACUGUUAGAGUAUAUGUUACUGACAGCUGCUAUAAGUGUUUGGGAGAUUAUUGUAAAGCAGAAGAAGAAAAUGGAAAAAUGUAUCUUAACACUUAUGCAAAUGAUCAAUGUACUGGUGACAAAAAGCUACAUGAAGAACAAUUCGAAUGUGAUACCUGCAAAGAGGGAGUUAUGUACCAAUGUGGAGCUAUUUCAACAAUGGUUCUUUCUGUUGUUGCCAUUCUUGCAUUCCUUCUCUAA